AUGACAAUUCUGCCGGCUCUACGAAUAGCCUUCUUUGGCUCUGACAAGUUCAGUGUCACGUCCCUACGCAGACUAUACGAUCUCCAUGAAAGGAACCCGCUGCUUGUCUCGUCCAUCAAGGUGAUUACCAGAUCUAUCAAGCCUACCGGUCGAAACCUCAAGAACAUGGUAGACGUGCCCAUUGGCGAAUAUGCCCAGCAACGGGGUAUACAGACGUUCAGGUCGGACUCACUGAGUCAAACACUAGACAUCCUCGACACUGAAGAGUUCGAUCUUGCCGUGGCUGUUUCGUAUGGUAAGCUAAUACCGGGCGGUUUCCUCAACUCUAUGAAAUACGGCGGGCUCAAUGUCCACCCGAGCUUGUUGCCAAUGUACAGAGGCUCUUCGCCAAUACAAUAUGCAUUAAUGGAUGACUUGAAGGAGACAGGUGUAUCGCUUCAGACGCUACAUCCUACCAAGUUUGAUCACGGCUUGAUACUCCUGCAAUCUCAACCUGUCUCAAUUCGGGAAGAUGACAACUUCAUUUCCCUUUCAGAGCGUUUAGGGGAGGCUGGUGCAGAAUUGCUUACUUCUGCUAUCGAGAAGGGCUUAUACGCUGACCCCGUUAAGCCGUUGCAACUGCAUUUUGCACCUUCAUUGGCACCUAAAAUAACACCCAAAAUGGCACAAAUAGACUGGAACAAAACAGCACGGCAAAUAAAGCGCUUGAGCGAUGCUUUGGGCCCUUUGCAUGUCUACAAGGAGGUUGACAUCACGAAGAAAAAGAAAAGGGUCCAUGAGCUUCAGAAAGUUAUCAUAAACGACAUUAGCAUAUCUCAUACUGAACAGUCUCAUUAUUCGUACUGUUGA